AUGCUCAUCUUCAGGGGCAGGGCGGCCGCGCUGCGCGCCUUCCGCGCCAUCCUCGCCAAUGACCUUGCCCUCCCAUGUGCCCCGGUCCUUGGGUCGGUGUGCUCCCUGGCGCAUUUUGCGCGCGACGGCGCGCAGGAGCGAUCCAUGAUCCAUCAGCAGCACGCCGGCAUGCCGAAAAUCGCCCAGCGCUGUGUGCACCCUGGGCUGGGCGGCAUCGCCGCCGAUUGCUCGCCGCUGAUGCGGGACUCGAUGGCCGAAGGCCGGGGCGGCCGACUGGAUUCCCUCCCGCUGAUGCGGGAUUCAAUCGCUGGAGGCUGGGGAUGCCGAUUGGGAUCGCAUGGUAGGCGAAUGGGCACUUCGGCUGGCGGGGGGGAGGAGAAGGGGAAGGACGAGCGGGGGGGGGACGGGGCAAAGGAUGGGGACAAGGGGGAGGCGAAGGAGGGGGAGGGGGCCAAGGGGAGGGGGGACACGGUGGAGAAGCUGCUGCGCAUGGGGGUGGCCUACACCACAGCGGCGGAGGAGGGCCUGAGGCGGAGGGCGGAUCAGCUCAAAAGCCUGCUCCAGCAAGCUGUGCAGGGGCCUGAGGACUCGGGCAGGACACCCCAGAAAAGUAACACCUCCGAUGCGCUUCUUGAGGGGGGUGGCAUUUUUGGCUCUGUCCUCAGAUUGCUGUUGACCAUCCUGUCAUAUUCGCUGUCGAGGGCUGUGGCAUCCAUCGCAGACACCACCUUCAAUGAGGAACAGUUUCUUGAGGGAAGCAAAGAUGCAUACUUCAUGGUGACACACUUGUUUGGGGAGCGCGACUGGGUCACUCUGAAGCCGCUCGUCUCAGAGAGGCUGUUCAAUGUCAUGCAGGGCGUUGCCGCGGACUACGAGAAGCAGGGCCUGAAGUACACGACGACGGCGGAGGACGUUCGCUCCGCCUUCGUCACGGCCUUCUCCCUCCUGGACUUGGAGGCUGUGCGCAAGUUCUACCCCUCGGGCCUUGAGGCCCCGCCCGACCACCUGUGGCUCAUGGUGGGCGUGCGCUUCCUGUCGCUGGACAGGUCCGUCGUCACGCGGCCCGACGGUGUGGUGAUCUCGGACGACCGCCAGCUACGGGAGGAUCAGUGGACCUUCGUGAAGGGGCCGCUGGCGAAGGUGCCCGCGGGGAAGUCGGACCUGCAGUGGACGCUGCUGUCGAUCGGGUAG